GAUUAUUCAUGAUUUUCAGCGACAAUAAAUGCACAGACCCAAGGGCUCUAUCUACUGACUUUAUUCAGAACAUCGCACAGGACUCCAGUUGAAAGAUAUAAAGCGACCGAGUGUAACAGGACUUUUUGGAGAACCCUAACCAUGAGCAGCACAGAACAGAAGCACUACCAUGAUGAAGAGUUUGAUCCCUGUCAUCUCUUUGACACGUACGUCGGGGCUGAUAAGACGGUUUCCAAAAAAGAGCUGGUGGAAGAUCCCCUGAAAUUUCUCUAUAAAUUAUUCUCAUCAGGUUCUGUGAAAGGAGAAACACUGAUUCAUCUCUCGGUUGGCUCUCAUGUUUCUGAAAACUUUGUUGCUGCUGAUUUCUUCAAAAAUAUCAUAUUGCUGGAAUCUUCAGACUGCUGUGUGGAAACCAUAAAGAAAUGGAUCCGAAAUGAGCCCGGAGCUGUGGAUCAUUCCCACUUUGCAGAGUUUGUUUGCUCACUUAAAGGACAAAGUACCGAGUGGAAGAAACAAGAGGAGAAAACCAGAAGGGCAAUCAAACAAGUGGUAAAAUGGGACAUCACCAAGGAGAACCCACUCGGCACAGUUGUGUUGCCCCAAGCAGAUUGCUUAAUCACUCUUUAUCAUUUGGAGCUAGUUAGCAAAGAUCACGAUAUGUAUACAAACCUUCUGAAGAAAUUGUUAUCCCCUCUGAAGAUUGGAGGUCACCUGGUCAUGGUGGCAGCGAUCAACUUCUCUUGCUUCAUGGUCGGCCAACACAAGUUUUCUGCACUAAAGUGCAAUGAAGAGUUCAUACAAAAGGCUAUGACAGAAGCCGGGUGCAGGAUCCUGAGCUCUGAAACUCACAAGAGGAAAUUUAUAUCCCCUUUGACCAAUUAUGAAUCAAUUGGCUAUUUUGUGUCCCGUAAAGACAGGGCAGUUUAAUUGGUCAGAUUACCACUCAGUUGAAAAAAAAAUAUCUCCUAAUCUCAUGGUCCUAUAGGGGUGCCAUCGUCAAAAUAAAAUAAAAAAAAAUCACUGUGUGUAA